AUGGCAGGCAUUUUUGAGGCUCCGCGGAAUGCGGAUACGCUGUUCUUGGGUGGACAGAAAAUCACCGGUGCCGAUGUCCGCGAGCAGAAUGUUCUGGCAACUCAGGCCAUCUCCAAUGUGAUUAAGAGCUCUUUCGGACCUUCUGGUCUGGAUAAGAUGAUGGUGGACGACAUAGGGGAUGUGACCGUGACGAACGAUGGCGCAACUAUUCUUUCCUUGCUCGAUAUUGAGCACCCCGCGGGCAAGAUUCUGGUGGACCUGGCUCAACAGCAAGAUAAGGAGGUUGGCGAUGGCACGACUUCGGUUGUCCUCAUUGCCUCGGAGCUUUUGCGGAGAGGCAAUGAGCUAAUGAAGAACCGUAUACACCCGACCACAAUCAUCAACGGAUACCGUCUUGCCCUGCGCGAAGCCGUGAAGUACAUGAACGAGAAUGUGACGACAAAGGUGGACAACCUUGGCAGGGACAGCUUGGUGAACAUUGCCAAGACAUCCAUGUCCAGUAAGAUCAUUGGAUCAGACUCGGACUUUUUCGCAAAUAUGUGCGUGGACGCCAUGCUGCAGGUCAAGUCAACAAACCAGAGGGGUGAGGUCAAGUAUCCUGUGAAGGCUGUCAAUCUCCUCAAGGCACACGGAAAGAGCAGUACGGAAUCUGUUCUGGUCAACGGCUAUGCGCUCAACUGCACUGUGGCUAGUCAGGCCAUGAAGACUCGCGUCACCGAUGCGAAGAUUGCUUGCUUGGACAUGAACUUGCAGAAGGAACGCAUGAAGCUCGGUGUUCAGAUCACUGUGGAUGAUCCUGACCAACUUGAGAAGAUCCGUCAGCGCGAGGCUGGCAUUGUUCUUGAGCGCGUGGAGAUGAUCCUCAAGUCCGGUGCCAACGUGAUUCUUACCACUAAGGGUAUUGACGACAUGGUGCUCAAGGCAUUUGUCGAGAAGGGCGCUAUGGCCGUUCGCCGCUGCAAGAAGGAGGAUCUUCGCCGCAUUGCCAAGGCUACUGGUGCCACACUCGUCAGCACUUUGUCGGACCUGAACGGGGACGAGAAAUUCGAAGCCUCUUACCUCGGUCACGCCGAGGAGGUUGCCCAAGAGCGGAUUUCUGAUGACGAGUGUAUUCUGGUCAAGGGAACUAAGGCACACAGCUCUGCCUCCAUCAUUCUUCGUGGUGCCAACGAGUUCAGUUUGGAUGAAAUGGAGCGUUCUGUUCAUGACUCGCUGUGUGCUAUCAAGCGCACCCUCGAGAGCGGAAGUAUUGUACCCGGUGGUGGUGCCGUGGAAACCGCUCUUCACAUCUAUCUUGAGGAAUUCGCUGUGACAGUGGGUUCCCGCGAGCAGCUUGCCAUUGGCGAGUUCGCCCAGUCUCUCCUGGUCAUUCCUAAGACCCUUGCAGUAAAUGCCGCCAAGGACUCCUCUGAGUUGGUCGCUCAGCUUCGCGUGCGCCACGCCCUGUCACAGCGUGUACAGGAUGGUGAUGCGAAUGAGGAGGAGAAGGCUAUCGCCAAGAAGAAGACGUACCGUAACUACGGAUUGGAUCUGACGAAGGGUCGCGUUCAUGACACACUGAAGGCCGGUGUCUUGGAGCCCAGCAUGAGCAAGAUCAAGCAGUUGAAGAGUGCUGUCGAAGCUUGCAUUGCAAUCAUGCGUAUUGACACGAUUAUCAAGUUGGACCCGGAGCAGAAACAGGAUGAUGGUCACGGGCACUAG